UUCAUGCUAGCGUUGAUACAUAUAUAACAGCAAAACAUCAUGUUUGCUGUGGCAGGAUUUCAGUAACCUGAUGCGUUAGAUGGUUUGUUACAUAGAACCAUCUGAGAAGUCGACCGUGGAAACUGUUCGGAAAAGUUGCAGGAACUUUAAAAAAAGUACCCGGCAGGUGAUUGGAUGAACCAUCUGUCUGUCACCUUGUGAGGCAGCCGGACACUGAUUGAUCCGAACCAUCGGUGGUUCGGACACAAGCGUAUAACUUGAAGCCUGACAAGAUGGAUUCUCACAUGAUCUCACAAAUCCAGCUGCCUCUCAAAGUUAAGAUUCAAGGUUAGACCCAAUAGUUCCUGGUCCAUUGGGGACUUCUUGGGACAGGAACUAAAUUCAGACCCUGAUUCCUGUAAUUUAGAAACUGUUGUUUGAUGAAAUAACCAGAUGUCUUUGUCUGUUUUUGGCUAAUGCAGUGAAUUAAAUACCUCAUAACGAAGGUUUUUGAUCAGAGCAGAAAAGACCAGAAUGCAGAACAGGAUCUGAAGCUGUUUGCAUUAAAAACAAACAAUGCAAUUUAAGAGCUCUUCAUGUAUCAGCAGUGCUCUCUGUCUGCAUGUGUAAAGUUCAAGGCCGCUCUCUGUCAGGUUGUUAAAGGGAGUUCUGGGAAAUGUAGGAAACCACUGAGAGUCACUGAGGUUGAAAAAGUUCAGAGAAACUAGUAAAUUUCAACACUUUACCACCAAAUACUCAUUAUAAUCAUGUUUUGAACUUCCAAACUGGGCUCCUGAGCCCUUGAGAGGGUCCUUGGGAGUUUCCCGGGAACAUGAGGGCUAGUUUAAUGUCAGUAAAAGGUGUCUGCACAGUGAGAGAGCGGAUAAAGGUGUGUUCACGGUCAGGAGUUCAUUACUUCCUCACCUACAGCUCAGACUGUUACGUCAUUCUGUACCUAGUCUGAAAUCUUUAAGGGAGGGGUGAGAACGUUUCGGAGCGCAGGUCUGAAUGCGCGCACCUGCGCUCCUGCUCCCGCGUCUUGACUUGAAGACGAGGGUCCAAAGGGACAGAGUGAGCACGCGCCAGCCGUGACAGUCUCGUGGCACGGUGUUUGUGUGUCCUUUUGGCUGAAACACCGGCUUGACAAUAAACAGAUGAAGGCGGCCGCGGGGCCUGUGCCACCCCGGUGGGAGGAGAGGACGGAGCAGAGGGCAGGUCCAGCAGGGCGCGGUCUUCUUCUUCUCCCGCGGCACCUCAUCUAUACUGUAGUAGGAUCUCUUCCAUUUCCAUUUCUGCCAACAGCCCUGCGCCACAGGGACGCAUUGAGAAAAAACCCGAGAGGCAGAAACCGCUGCGGGGACACCCUUUGACCGCCGUGCCCAAAAGGCGCAGCCAGCCUACGCACCGCGCGCCUCUGUGUCUGUCUGAAGCCCGUUUCUCACAGCUCCGACACAGAGAGGCAGCUUUGAACCUGCCUGCCAAGAUAAACUCACCUCGCCUAUUUAUGCCCCUGCCUCUGCGUGCACUCGGGACAGGAGAGUGUCAGCAGCUCAGAGGACAGGUUCAGGUCGUUCCAGCUCGUCUCCAGCGGCGCACUGGCCACUUUUACGCGCCGGGAAUGGCGACUUUUGGGGACUCGGGGAUGAGUCCUGCUCCGUUACCUCCACUCUAAAAUUAUAAAGGGGAGCCCACGCGGGGGGGAGGCACAUCAAAGAAAUACAGCGGUGACAUUUUGGCCACCCGCCCGGGGGUUACACACCGGCCCCGGGGUGGAAUGCUGCUCCCGACGCUGGUGACGUGCCUCGCCGGGUGCGCCUUUCUCCUCUCGCCGGUCAGCGAGGGCUGCGGGCCGGGUAGAGGCUAUGGCAAGAGGCGGUCACCGAGGAAGCUCGCGCCGCUCGCCUACAAGCAGUUCAGCCCCAACGUGGCCGAGAAGACUUUAGGGGCCAGCGGGAGAUACGAAGGGAAAAUAACCCGGAACUCUGAGCGCUUCAAGGAGCUCACCCCGAACUACAACCCCGACAUCAUCUUCAAGGAUGAGGAGAACACAGGUGCAGACCGCAUGAUGACACAGCGCUGCAAAGACAAGCUGAACUCUUUGGCCAUUUCGGUGAUGAACCUGUGGCCCGGGGUCCGGCUGCGGGUCACCGAGGGCUGGGACGAGGACGGCCAUCACUCGGAGGAGUCGCUGCACUACGAGGGCCGGGCGGUGGACAUCACCACCUCAGACCGGGACAGGAACAAGUACGCCAUGCUGGCUCGACUGGCGGUGGAGGCCGGGUUCGACUGGGUCUACUAUGAGUCCAAGGCCCACAUCCACUGCAGCGUCAAGUCAGAUCACUCAGUGGCAGCCAAGUCUGGAGGCUGUUUCCCCGGCGAGGCGCUGGUCAGUCUGGAGGACGGCCAUCAGAAGUUCAUCCGUGACCUGCGACCUGGCGAGCGAGUCCUGACCUCAUCUGGCAGCGACGGCAGCGGUGAGCUGGUAUACGACGAAGUCGUGACCUUCCUGGACCGCGACCCAGUGACCCAGAAGCUCUUCUACACCCUCCAGACAGAAGCUGGUGCCCACCUCUCGCUGACCGCCGCCCAUCUGCUGUUUGUAUCCGAGGGUAACUGCUCAGAAGGGGCAGUGCCGGCCCGUGGCGCCCUGAGGACUGUGUACGCCAGCGACGCCCAGCUGGGACAGUGUGUCCUGGUGGUGGAGGGUAACGCGGGACAGAGUUACAGUGAGGGGCAUCUGUCUCGGAUUACCCGGGUCACUGUGAGGGAGAGCAGGGGGGCGUUUGCACCUUUAACCAAGCGGGGGACGCUGGUGGUGGACGGCGUGGUGGCAUCCUGCUACGCGGUGGUGGACCAGCAAUCCCUUGCUCACUGGGCCUUCUCGCCGCUCAGACUGAUGCACAGCUGGACCAGCGCCGUCGGGUACCAAGAGGACGGGGUCCACUGGUACUCACGGCUUUUACACUGGCUGGGGGGGAUGCUGCUGGACUCAGGACGCUUCCACCCGCUGGGCGUGGCUCAGGCCGACAGGUGAGGACAGAAACUCAACCCCCCUCACCUUGUGACUUGGAUGUACCCCAAAUACACGCCUGCUCUGACAUCAUCAGAGCUGUACGGGACCAUGAUGGACCACCUGACGAAAUGCUGCUAAGGCCUCAUGGGAGUUUUUCAACUGGAAAAACAGGGAAAAAGAAGAAUAAGAAGCUGUGAACUGACACAGAUAAAUUCUCCCAAAACACAGACAGCAAAUACGAGCACUCAGAGUCAGAAAGACCACAAAGAAGUGCACAAACAGACUUUUUAUAACACUUGUAUCCUUAAAACACUAUGAAACAAAAAUCCCUUAAAACACUCUUAAAUAAUCUGUAAUUUACUCCUGAAAACACUGAACCAGACACCUCAAUCAUGUAUCAAGGUGUUUGGUUUAGAGGUGUAAGUUAAAACCCAUCAUUAAUUUUAGGGGCUACAUCACUUUCCCCUUCAUUUACACAUAAAUGAAGGUUUGGAUCUGGGUUCACAUUUGGGUUUAAGGUUGCAAAUGAAUUAACAUUUGAAGGGAUUCUUAUUCAGUAUUCAGGUAUUUAAUAUGUUGACCUCAUGCUUGGGGUUCAUCAGGAGAUAAAUAACCAGAUUAUAAUAUAUUUAGGGCUUUUAAUGGGGUUUCCUCACUGCAUUAAAGGGUUAAAAACACUUCACACAAUGACAUGAAAGCCAUCUGUGAAAUUUCACCAUAAGCGAAUAAUUAAGGCACUUCUAAAGUAUAAAAUAAAGGAUGGCUUUCAUGUUAUUUGAUUAGUUUUAAAGGGUUUUAACCCCCUAAAAAGCUUCUAAACCAUGCAGGUAAUCCAUUAAAAUCCCUUCAUAUGCAUUACAAUCCAUUAAUUUACCCUAAAUAUGGUGCAAACCUAUAAAACUCCUGAAUACUGAAUGAGAAUCCCUUAAAAUAUCAUUAUUUUGCACCUCCUAAACCAAAAUCUCAACCUUAAUAAUACAUUCAUCUGAUCUGUCAAAUACUUUAAAUGUCUGUGUAAAAGUCUCUAAUCACAAUACGUUAAUUGAUCUAUAAUCAUCCCUUAAAAUCUCGUACAAAACACCUCAGUUUCAUCACUAUUAAAUGGUAAAUUAAUGGUAUUUCAAGGUAAAAAUUUAAGGGAUUCGGUUUCAUAGUGAAAUGGGGUUUUGUGCUCGAGUUGUAUGUAACUUUUACUGCUUAAUACAGAAAUUUUUAGGACGAAUGAUAGUUGAUAUUUAAGUGUUGUUUGUUUACAGAAAUCCAAUAAUGUUUAUGAAGUUAUUGUGGGUGAAGAGAUAUGAAAAGAUCUAUUUUUUAAAUUAAAUUAUAUGGAAAUGA